GACAAUCCACCUCAAGGCCAACAUUUUUUUAUGGUACCAUGUACACGUAUUAGAAGGAACAAAUGAGAAUUUACAUUCGUUCCACCAACUUCUAAUUGUGGUUGGUUAUCAAAAAUGGCGUGGAAAUCCCAAUGAAGAAAGUGGGAGAAACCACGGUCCCAAAGACCAAAGAUGAGUUUGAUGCCGAAGACAUCAAGAAGGUGGAAAACUACGCAACGGCCACCAACAUGCUCUACUGUGCCGUUAAUCUCGACGAUUACCGGAAGAUCUCUUGCUGCUCAACUGCCAAGGAGAUGGGGGACAAACUUGAAGUGACGUACGAAGGUGAGAAAAUCGAUGACAUGUUUGAUUGCUUUUCAAAAAGCAUCAAUGAUCUUCAUGCCUUGAAGAAAAGCUACUCCAGCAAGGACCUAGUGAGGAAGGGCCUUCGCAGCUUGACUCCCGAAUGGAGCUCUAAGGCUGAUGUCAUCUAUGAUUCAAUCGGCGUCUCCAUCGUCACAAUCAAUGGGUUAAGAGGUAAUCUCAAGACUUACGAAUCUACCAUUUUUAAUCCAUCGUUGGAUGAACAAAGAAAGAAGAGAAUAGCUCUCAAAGCCACCAAGGAACCGGUGGAAGAGGUUUCAAGCGUCGAUGACAACAAGUUUGGACUCGUCAUCAAGAAGUUCCACAAAUUCAUGAAUAAGGAGUUUGAACGGAAAGGAAGGAAGCAUGACGGUCUCCCGAAGUGCUAUGGCUGUGGCGAGAUUGGCCACAUAAAGCCGAGGUGUCCAAAAGCCAAGAACGUCAAGGACAAGCUCGGUUUCAAGAAGCAAAGGGCAUACAUCUCUUGAGGUGGCGACUCCGUCGAUGAGUCAACUAACCAAGAGGAGGACGAAGCUGCCAAUCUUUGCCUCAUGGCACCCGAAGACCAAAACGCCGACGUGCACGAGGUAUGUACCACUUCUUCCAACUCUUAUACUUUUAAAGAAAUGCGAGAAGCACUU